CCGGGUGAGGCUGCGGGGCUGAGGCACGGGGAGCCGGGUGCGGUGCGGGGAAGGAGAGAGGGCUCGGAGGGCAGUGAGAGGGGCUGGGUGUGAAGGGAGCUCUCUGCUCCGUCCCGAGAGCCCCCCCGUGCACGCACCGGCGGAGAGGAGAGGUCAGCGGCGCGCCAGCUUCCCCACGACGGCCGGGAAUGCCAGCCAUGACUCGGAGGGACGGGGACAAGAGGUAGUUCAGUCCUCCUAGUGAGGUCAGCCCGGAGCUCUGCCCGUUGAGGAGAGACCUUUGGAGGCACCGCAUGAUGAGCGUGGCCGUGCCGAGCCCUGCUGCCCCGUGCUGAGCUGUGACACCGAGCUUGGACCUGCAGCUGGACCUACCCCAUGGCUCUGCUCCCGGGAGGAAAUGCUGUCUCUCCUCUGUGACCAUCCUUCAACUCCGAGAGUCUUCCAUUGGAAAACCGACGAGGAUCAAAUGGGUUGAGAGCAACGGGCCCUCCCUUUCUGGCAGAGGAUUCUUCGUUUUGUUUUGUUUUUAAGUCCCGGGGCAUGAAACUGUAAAUCCCUUCUUCCUACACUCCUGUCUCCUGCAAACAGCUCUCCAAGCCAACCAGUUAGAGAGCUGACCAUAACUGGAGUCCUGAAUGGCUGCGUUACUGAUCCCACGGAGGAACAGAGGGAUGAGGACUCGCCUGGGCUGCCUGUCUCACAAAUCAGACUCAUAUAAUGAUUUCACAGCUAUUCUUCCGGACAAGCCCAACCGGGCUUUGAAAAGACUGUCAACAGAAGAAGCAACGAGAUGGGCAGACUCUUUCGAUGUCCUUUUGUCCCAUAAAUAUGGGCUGGCCGCUUUCCGUGCUUUCCUGAAGACCGAGUUCAGCGAGGAGAACCUGGAGUUCUGGCUGGCCUGCGAGGACUUCAAGAAGACCCGCUCGGCGGCCAAGCUGGCGGCCAAGGCGCAACGCAUCUUUGAGGAGUUCAUCGACGUGCAGGCUCCUCGCGAGGUGAACAUAGACUUCCAGACGCGGGAGCUGACGAGAAGGAACAUGCAGGAGCCCUCCCUCUCCUGCUUUGACCAAGCCCAAGGGAAAGUGCACAGCCUGAUGGAAAAAGACUCAUACCCCAGGUUCCUGAGAUCCAAAAUCUACACGGACCUGCUGUCUCAAACCCAGAGGAGGCUCAGCUAGAGCAGCAACGGGGCCCG